UCACGCAGAGCUGGCGCAUGGUAACAGCUCAGGGAGCCACAUUAACAUUCACAGGAGACUUUACGAUAAAGCUCCAUUAAACAGUAAUGGGAGAUGUCACUUGCUCAUGACCACACAUGGAAGUGUUUUCUCCCAUCUUACAGAUGCCCCACAGGAAAAGCCCAGUGUAAGUGGAGCAUGCUCCAAUAUGACAACAGGCAUCCUAUGGACUGCAUGUGUUUGGACAUACAGAGGAAUACUCUGCACCUGCAGGUUUCUCUGGAUUUGUCCAUACAAUGCAGUUAAAUUCUUACCAAGAGAAAAACGCAUCACAGAGGACAAAAGCAGACAGGUGAAACGGCACGUGGUUUCUGAAAACAAAAUGACAGCAGCCAUUCCUGGGAGCCCUGAUCGUACAAAUGCACUUCACAAAAGAUUGAACAAGACAGAGAGAGACAUUCUGUCACUCAAGACCAGGAUUGCCUGUGAGAGAGCAUCAUGGGAAAGAAGAUUUAAUGAUCUGCAAAGACAACAGGAAGAGCUACGUAAUCAGCCUCCUUCCCAGCUUGUCUCUGGUGCUGGCGUGUCGGUGAAAGUGGGGGCUUAUGAGGACAUUGGAGAGUCAAGAGUGGACUAUGGAGAUUCAUUUGAUGAAUGUUCAAGCGUUUUACACCAACGCAGAAAGUCAACAAGGUCAUCAAGAAGUGACAGCUAUGCCUGCGCACUGUCAGGCUGCCAGAUGACAUCAUCAUCAGCACUAAGCUCCAGAUCUACUUCCUCUUUAUCAUCAGGCUCCAGUGUGCAAUCAUGGAGAAAAUCUCGAGGCCCUCAUCGAGUUUUUCUUCCUCACUCCCCCAUGGACCUGCAGCUCGGUCAUCGGGUCAGGAUCAUGCUGCCAUCUGGCAGGAUCAGUACAGGAACAGUUCGCUUCCUGGGCCACCUGCAGGGGGAGGCAGACCUCCACCUUGGGGUAGAGCUGCAUGCUUCUGAUGCAGCUCAGUGUGAUGGAUGUUACAAGGGUCAGAGCUACUUUGAAUGCAAAUCUGGAUAUGGUGCCUUUGUGCCAUUCCACAAACUACUGAUGGCCUGGGAAUAAGACAAGGAGAGACAUCUGCUGGAGGAGAAAUAAAGAACCUAAAGAAUGCAUCAGAGUAGUACCUGCUGUUAUCAAUGUAUUAUAUUUAAGUACAUUUUUGUAUAAAUACCUAGUGGCAUACAGGUGUGAUAGCACAAAAAAGGCAAGGUUAUUCAUUGCUGACAACUAAUCCGAUUCCAAGAAAUCCAGCUUAAAGUGAUUACAUACGCUGAAAAUGGUCUGUAUACAAUGAUCUGUAUGCACAAUUCUCAAAUACAAUAAACAAAUUCUUUUGACAAAAA